AUGACGGUCCUACGCAUUGACUUGCUGAGACGAGCAGCCCAGAAACCUCGACUUCUAACACUUUCUAGGCCAUGCCUUGUGGACAGCUCACCCCGGGCCUCAAUCUGCCUGGCUGCCAGAAAGGCCAAGCCAAUUAUCAAAGAUGACCAAAUCACACAUCCCAUUCCCCUCAAGCACCGUAUCCCCCCAGGAUCAUGGGAUAGCCACAUGCACGUCGUGGAACUGAGUCGGUACCCGGUCUCCCCAGGCGCAGCAUACGAACCCUCCUCUCACACCCUUGAGGAGGCGCUUGACUUUGAAUCUACAUUGGGAAUUGAGAACCUCGUUCUCGUCCAACCAUCCAUCUACGGUACCGACAAUUCAUGCCUCCUCGAAGCCCUGGAACGCAUCGGCCCGUCUCGCGGGCGAGGGGUGGUUGUCAUCGACCCGGCCACGCCCUGUCCCACGACUCUCUCAGCAUGGCAUACACUAGGUGUGCGGGGCGUCCGAGUAAACCUAAAAUCAGUAGGGAAAGUCCCCUCCGAGUCCGAGCUAGCCGAAACCCUCUCGAAACACGCAGAGCUCAUCCGUCCCCUCGGCUGGAUGAUCCAGCUUUACUUGCCUCUGCACAUGAUGCCCAUGCUCGAGCGGAUCGUUCCGUCCCUUGGAAUCAAAAUCUGCAUCGACCAUUUCGGGUCUCCUCAACUCCCUUCAUACUCGAUCAGUCAAUUCGACCCAUACACCCUUCCAGGUUUUUCGGCGCUUAUCUCCCUCCUUCAAGAGGGGCAGACCUACGUCAAAAUCUCGGCCCCGUACCGCCUCAGCCAGGACAAAGGACUGCGCKACAUUGGGGCUAUCACGCGGGAACUUUUACGCAGGGCUCCGAGGCGGGUUAUAUACGCGACAGACUGGCCGCAUACACGGUUUCAUGGUGUAGAUGUCGGCCCGUUUACAGAGUUGUGCCUGCGAUUAUGUGCCAGUGAGACUGGCCUGACCGAGCGAGUGUUCAAAUCGAACGCGGAGGAGCUGAUGUGCUAG